GCCGGCAUGGGAUACACAGCGUGCUUGAUGCCAACCUGGACUAUGUCCCUGACAUAAUAAAACAAAACAAUCAACUCAUGACAUUCCCAUCUUCCUGUUGAUUUCAUUAGAAAUGAACAGACACUAUCAAUCAGGACAGUUCUGGAAUUUCUGUGUUUUUGAGCUUACCGUAGGAACCCCAAAUUAUUAAAAGUACCAACAACAUUAAUACCUAUAUUGUCUAACUCAGCCAACUUAAGCAAGAUGGCAAAUUGACGAGUACCUGAAUGCUAGCAAGAAGUCCUGGUUCCUACAAUGCGGGAGCCCGGAAUCCAUCAAGCCCGAGAAGCCGGCGCCUCGGGGCGCAGGGAGCGCGGCUGGGAGUCGAGGCUGCCCGCCGCGGAGAGCUGCAGGUGCGGGAGCGCAGAUUAGGAGGCCGAGGCCUGGUCCGCAGCGGGCACGUCCAGCGCCCCGGGCAAGCGUCAGCCCGGUGUCCCCUCACCUUGCUGCCCGCGGAGUCUGCGCUUCGGCGCUCCGUGACCUGCGCACAGCUUUUGUUUACCGGCGGCCGAGGUGCACCAGGGAUCGAAAAAGAAACCAGAACCUCUGUCGCCCCGCAGUUAGGCUGCGGAACGCGGUCCUCCGCCGCUCCCGCUCCAGUUCCGGACGCCGGGCUUUGCAGCAACGCCGCGAGUACCGCUCCCACCGCCGCACAAGCGGACGUCGGGGCGGGGUCAUGGCCAAGCCCCGCCCCCAGCCCAAUCCUAGCUCCCCGCCGGCGGACAGGAAGCGGCUGCCGGCCGGGCAGCUCGGGAAGCGGCUCCAGUGCGCAUGCGAGCGCCCCGGGGCGCCAGGGGAGGAGGGGAGCGCGGGCGGCAGGGGCGCGGCUCGGCGCGCGGGUUGGGCGGUGGCGCGUCACGUGGCGAAGAAGCAGGUGGAGCUCCGGGGCCCCGGAGAGGGGGCCGAGAAGAGGGAAGGAGCGAGGGAAGGAAAGCGGGGAAGGGAGGAAGGAAGCGAGCGAGGGGAGGCACGGCCCUGUUUUGGAGGAGCCGGGCGCGUCGCCGGCCUCCGAAGUGCAGCGGAAAGGAGGUGCCUGGCGUUUCUCGGCCAGGGAGGUCCCGGCUUCCCGCGGAGGCUCCGGACCCAGUCCUUCAGCCGCGCGCCCCGGGUCGAUGUGCUGCUGUUAACCCUGAGGAGGCGGCGGCCGCGGAAGAUGGUGUCGCCGAGAGUGUUAAUUCUGCUCCUCUCCUGGGCGGCGGGGCUGGGAGGUCAGUAUGGAAAUCCUCUAAACAAAUAUAUUAGACAUUAUGAAGGAUUAUCUUAUAAUGUGGAUUCAUUACACCAAAGGCACCAGCGUGCCAAGAGAGCAGUCUCGCACGAGGACCAGUUUUUACGGCUAGAUUUCCAUGCCCUCGGAAGGUCUUCCUGUAACUUCUUCAAUCGGUCACGUACGAUCCCGGAUUUGUUGGCGUAGAAGCAGCAUCUUUCCUGCAAGGCAACACAGAUACCUCCCUUUUCUACAGUCUCAUUCCAGAUCCUUGCCCAUGCUGGGGACAGACUUGCUUCCUUCUCAUUCACUCAGUGCUAUACUGAAGCAUCUGGACACCCAAAAAUCAAAGCAGCCAUUUCUCCAUUGUUCUCCACUCUGCCAUCCUGAUCUGUAGAGAUCAAUAAAUGCAAGAAAAGCAGUUUCUCUUUGAGCUCACCCCUGACAUGCAAAACUCCACCCCUCCAUCCACAGAAGGGUGCUGUAACUAAAAUAUGGUGGACUCCUUUCCAUUCUUGGUAACCAUUAAGAGCUCUUUUCUUAUUCAAUAAACACUCUUGUAAGUUCCUUCUUAUAUCCUCAAAUUUGGUGGUCAAUUUUGGGAAUAGAGAACUCAGGUGCUUAAAAUUAGUGACUAUGUAUACAAAAUUGAGCUGUGUCACUGCACCUGUGUGACACAGCUAGAGGGUCAACUUUAGAUGAUGGCACCAAGCACAUGGUGAAGACUGUUUCUCACUGUUUGUGGAAGAGCUGAGAUGAACCAGCAAGGAACAGCUGGUGGGAGGAGGGCAAGGUGUUCUCAGGAGGUGACAGCUGAAUCAUGGGUAGUGGGCAUUGGCUGACAAAAAGAAGACAUGGAGAUCACAGCAGAAGGGACAUUUUUGCCAUCACCACAUGUGUGGGGACAGUGACUCUUUCCCACAGAGCAGUAGGAAGUUAUGGCCACUGGAGGGAAAGCAAGGCAGGCAGUGUGCAUCACCCCCUUCAAUCAGCUGCCUGGGGCACUGAAUGGAGAUUUCAGAGGCAGACAUAGUGUGAGGCAGAUGCUCCAUAGGACCCGAGCUGUAGGCCAGCUGAUAACCCAAGGUCUGAUUCAUGCAGAAGGUGGAGAUGUCUGCUCUGAUCUAGAGGAGGCGGCUCUGGUGUCCCAGAAAGUCUGAGCAGCUGUUCAUUGAGUCCACCCUGUUGCCACAGAGCUCCCUGCUACUGCCCUGCACUGAGGAGAAGGGGAUGGAGAGAUGAGGGAUGAGGAAAGAGGGACUUUGUGUCACAGCACAGCUCAUCUGGCCUGUGCCCUCUACCCUGAUCCCCUCUCCCAAAGCCAGCUGUCCACUGUGCCUGAAAAGCACUUCUUCCCUUCUUUCACUUCUCUGCAUCCUGACAUGCAUGCAUCUCAAAGUGACAGCUACACAUAUAGUUACAAUAUCAUUGCCAGGAAGAAACUAUGAAAUGUAUAAGACAUAAAAAAAGAUUGUCACAAAGGCAUAAGCAAAUAUUAGCACAAAAUUUAUUAUCAGUCAACUGAAAGAAAUUAGUGAUGAAAACAUAUUAAAUAUUGUAAUUACUAUUAAAUUUUGUUUUUUCACAAGACAAGAGGCAGCAAAUGUAUUACAAAAGAAAUUACAAUAUUUGAUAAGGAUUGGAUGGAUUGUUUGGGGAAAAAAUGAUCUAGUUUGGCCCAUAGAUCAUUGAGAAAAGCAUGCCAGGAAUCCUGGUUUUGAGAGUGCAAGGCAACAACAGGAGUCACCAUUCUCUCUGCAGAACAUGCUGUGGUUCCUGGUGAACUGCUCAAGCAGACAGUGCUGACCUACUCAGACAUACUGGGGAUGCAAAAGGGAUGCACUUCUCCCCCUUCUCUGCCUGGAGUGUGCCAGGGUGUCUCAGUGCUCAAUGCAGUAAGCACGAGAUCUAAGGUUUUGAUGGUGCCACAGGCUUUGAAAGGUUUUAGGUGAAACUGGCUUUAGGAUCCUGUAGGAGCCAUGAGGCUGAUGGGCUCUUAUGCUUUAUGCAGAAGUCUCCAUCCAGCAAGGACAGUGGGCAGAGGCAGCGCUGACUUGGGAUUUGUGUGAAGCAGGGACUCCUGUGCAUAUGAAUCUUUCCUCAGUUUCAAGCACGCCAACCACUCCUUCCCAAACACAACAUGAAGAGGGGUUGGACAGGCAGAGCAGGUGACAGUGUCGGGGAAGAGGACAAAGAGAGAUCUUGCACAGGCUUGUUGUACCUUCCUCUCAGCUGGUGUCUUCUGUGCUUAGCUUGUGCUCAUAUAACUGUUCAUGCCCAGAGAAAUCUGCCACUUCUUUACUGGAUUUCUGUUGAGCUGUGAUGUCAGAGCAUGCUGAAUAUUGUCAAAGGCCAGAACACCCAGACCACCUUCUCUCCCUCACCCUCUAAAUGCUGCCCAUGCAGCCACAGCCGCAGGAAGCCAAGCCCAGUGCAGUUACUGGUGAAGACAAGGAGCUGGCUUGCUCUUCAAUCAUGGGUUACAGCACAGCAUAUAGAGCUACACACCACACUUAGUCUGAAGGUGGUCAGUGCCUGGCAUUGUUUCCAGUGGAUUCUGUGGGCACAUAGUGGCUUUGUGUCUCCCAGCUCUGAAGACCUUACUAGUUUCCUAAGUAUCCUGUAAGGGGAGGGAGAUGAAGACUCCCUGUCCUGGGGAAACACACACACAGCUGUCAGGCUUGUGACCUGCCCCUCAGUGGCUCGGAGUCUUUGAACUCUUCACCUUCCUCCAGCAUGAGCUGGAGACUUUCCAUCCCACAUUGGGGUCAGUGGCUGCAGAGGGUCCCAUAAGCUCCAGUUUCCUGGGCAGGGACAGUGUCCUUGUGGGUUGUGGGUGGGGACUCCAGCCUUUCUCAGAGCAGCUCUGUUUUCUGAGGUCACUGAGGAGCUCUGGGAAGUCCCUGGUGCAUACUGUGGCAUUUGUUUCUGGCCACACCCUUGGUCACGCAGCCCUCUGGGGUGGAAUGUGCCCAGGAUGUAGUGCUCCUCACAUAGUGCUUUUUUUCUUUUCUCUGUCUGGGAUUUAUUAAAAGAACUACAGAAAAACCUUAGAUAAGGGAAGUGACUAUGCACAGCUGAUGGGAAGCUCAGGAACAUUGUGUGGAUGAAGCCUGAGUGCAAAUCAGAGGCUCUUUCCUUCAGUGACUUGACAAAUGCUGAAGUCUCCCCACUGCAUUACAUCCUCCCUCAGAACAGAAAUACACAGCUGGAAACAAACCUGAGGGCUCACAAUCUAGUGAGGCAGAAAACUCCUCAUCACACAGUCAUAUGACCAUUGUAAGUCUACAAUCCCCACACACUGGAGGCAGAGAUGGCAGGAUCAACAUGAGUUUGAGGCCAGCCUGGUCCCCUACUGAGUUUCAGGUCAGCCUUGACUCCAUGGUGACACCCUGUCUCAAAAAAUGCUUUUGUUGGUUUAUCAUGCAAAAAAGCCCAAAUGUGCAGUGGGAAAAUGGUGAAACAAAGCAUGACAAAGUCUCAUGAUUUAAUAUACAGCUGUUGGAGUUGUUUCUAAUAGUUGGGAAAGGAUUACAGUAACCCUGGGAGUUUCACAAUGGGAUGUGAGGUUCAGAGGUCCCCCCGUGUAUAAAGCCCCUGCUCCUCUUACACAGAAAAGCUGCACAUGUUCCACACUGAAUGGUGCCUGCUGCUGUUGCUGCUCAGGGCUCACCCUCAGGAGAGAGCCGUGUCCUUUCCAAGAGGCCCACAGUUCUGCAUAACCACUGUCUCUGCAGUGAGGGCUGGGCAUGCUCUAGACAAGGGACUAGCUUUAAUGUGGCAGGUGCAGGGUGAGGGUCCUCGAUGCCCUUCUUGUUGGGACUCAGAGAUGGGUUGUGUCCUGUGGUGCUGUGCUGCCCUUCACUGACAGCUCCACAGCACUCAUCUCUUUCUCUCUCUCUAUUGCUGUUAUUUGCUUGCUAUUUCUGAAGACAAAAAUGUGUACCAGAUGUGCUUCUAGGGAUGCAGUGAAAAUCUGAUUUCUGAAUGUUCCUGGGCAUCUGAUUAAACUCCUUUGUCAUUAAUCCAGGCCCAAUGUGCCCAUGAGUUGCCCCCUCUGCUAGAACUUACUGACAGUGGCUGUUUAUUUGGAAAUCUUUCCCUUUGAAGUCAGUGGUAUGCUAUUAUAUUCAUUAACUGAAAAUAAAGGAAAACCUAAUUGCA